AUGCAUUUUUCAGCAACAGUUCUACUUGCCAUUCUUCAGUCGGCCGCUGCGGUCCCUUACCACCAAACCUAUGACGCCGAUGUGCAACUCGUAGUAGCCCCUGAGACUGUGGUGGACAAGUCUGCGCACAAGAAUACUCUGCAGACCAUUGACACUCAAGUUCAUGCAUCUGAGAGUAAAGACCUUGAAAUCAAAAUCCAUGUGGACGUAUCCACCCAACCUGCAGCAACGAUGGCUGAGAAAAUUCCAGGAUGGGUUUUCAUUGAAGAGAAACGCAUGCAGGGACGCAUUCAUGGCAACACUUUCUGGAGAAUUAGGGGGGAGCUCACAGAAGACUUCCCAGCCGAGGAAUUCUUGUUUGACCCUCUAGUGUUCACUCUCAACCAUCCUCAGGACUUUGAGGGCGAGUUUACUGGUGAAUUUUGGAAUGGUCAAAUGAAAAUGAACUGGACUUCAGGUGCCACUAUUACUGGCAAAAGUGGGUUAAGUGAUCACACGAUCAAGGGGAAGACCACUAUCGACUAUUCCCCAUAG